CGGUACAGUGCGUCCCAGCUCUUGUCGACGCAGGCACCCGCACAUCAACACGCUCUUGUAUGUCCAGUUAUAUUUCCACUCAAGGAAUGCGCCAGGACCGGUUAGAUCCCGACCACUGCCGGGUUGAAACCCCGGGAAGGCGAUCUACUUGGAGAUUAGGUCGCCGUUUUGAAGGUCGGGCAGUCCAAGGGGAGGUCCGAAUAGUCUCAAAUUCCCCUGCGAAUAAUUCGCCCGCUCGCAUUCGGCAGACCCACAGGUGAUGAUAUACGGAGUGAAAUGUCCGGCGGUAACUAACAACGUACCUUCAAACAUAUCACGGCUCAACUCCGCAUGUCCUCACACUCGCAUCUCCCAUUUUAAUAAUCAAUCAUCAACGGGUUUGGUUAUCCGAACAAUCAUGAUCUCCCGAAUUCGCCACUGGUUUCUCCCCCGGCCCGUCGCCAACAACGGCUCUCAACUGCGCGAUCACCUAGCCAACGAGCGCACCUUUUUAUCAUGGACGCGCAUGGGCCUAGCAUUUGCCGCCAUGGCACUAGCCCUCGGCCGCCUGGGCAUCAUCGACCACGUUUUCAACACCGAAUGGAAGAAGAACGAGGCGGCGAAAUCCAAAGAGCGACAGACUACUACCGGCCCCGCUGUCCACGAACCCAGACUCCCCCUGACGGGAGCGAACGAUAUCCUGGCCGGUAAAUUAUGCUGGGCCAUCAGCGCCUGGUCGUUUGGAUAUGGCAUCUUUCGCUAUGUUUCCAUUCGACAGACGCUGCUUUCGGGACGCUUUGUCCCAGCAAUUUGGGGGCCGGUCCUGAUGACGUGCGGCUCGGUUGGGUCUCUGGGGGUUCUGUUACAGUCGGGGACUGGACAGCCUCUUCCAGAGUCGAGUAAGUCGGAAUAGUUGACUUACUGGCUUUGGAGCGAUUAUGCGCUGAAGGUUCUUCCGGAAGUUUCGGGUUGUAAGAUUACAAAAUGUAUUCGCCGUCUAGACAUGGGUGUGGAGUACUGCAGUGGAGCGCGAGGCUUGUACAAAUAGAAGCAUACUCCCAUGGAACACUAGGGUAUAGAUAGAUGCCGUGACAUGCGUCACUUGAAAAAAGCCGCCUGACAGACAACAUGCUCUGGCAGACGGAAAUAUAUAUAUACUUUUUCAAUUAGAAUGUUGAGCAG